CGCAUAGCACCGGAGCUCAUUUGCUUGCACUACCACCGUUGAUAUCGAUAUCGAUAUCGAUAUUGAUUGGAGAGGUUCAGCACAUUUCCAUUGUUUCCUUCCUGCUACAGAUACAACAGAUAGUUCUAGCCAGCUUCACUUUCUUUCCCGCGCUUUGUUCCAUCACAGCCUCUGCCCGAUCCAAAAACAACACGUUACAACCCGCAGCAACCAGAGCCUUAAAGGAAUCGAAGGAAACGGAACUUAUCGCAAUUGUCACUCAGUCAUUUAGAAAAUCGCUACAGAUCCGAUUGAUUAGCAUGGGGACCGAAACCGCAACUACCAUCAACAUUGUCAGCAGCACGAGCGGUGACGAGGGAACCACUACCGGCAACAGCAUUGCCAGCAGCAGCAACAGCACUGGGAAAAACGACGGUCCACCGUCUACCGUGCAGCUGCCAACCUCUGCAAUGGCGGCUCCCUCUCCCGUCUCCACAAAGGCCAAAAGCGGUAGCAGCGGCAUCAUUGUCAACAACAACAACAACAACAACAACAACCCCACCAGGACCCCCCCGGCGGGAAAGAAUGGAAAGCCCCUCACCGUCACGGUGAACGGAAACGAUCGAUCCAAGGAUCUGAACGAACACGAUGUGGUGUGCGAAAAGGGACGGGGCGAUCACGAGCGCUGGCCGGGAAACAAACUCUACCGCCACCUCAUCAAUGUGAACAAGGAGACCUACAAUGAUCUGGCACCUAUCGAGCGAUCCAACAUUAUCGGGAAGAUCAUCGGGUCGAUCCAGGAGAAGGACGGCUGGUUCGUUCACCACAGCGAAGCCACGGGAAACUGGGCCAAGCUGACGGAGGAGAAGGUCCGAAAGAAGGUCUCGGAUGAUCUCCGCCGGGAGGUCCGGAGGCGCCGGGAGAAGCGAUCCCACAACUCACUAUUCAGUGCCAAGCUGAGGGCCAUCAAGGAAAUGGAAGAGGCGGAGGUUGCCGCCAGGGACAUUCUGGAGCGAGUGGACGAUCCCAGGCAGAGCGACGUUCUCUUUGGACCCGGGGCCAGGAGGCACCCAGGAAACAAGGUGUACUGGCACCACAUGAAGCUCAACCUGGACCAGUAUAUCAUCUCCCCCUACGGGGCGAGGUCUGUCAUCAGCCGGAACAUUGUGCAGAUCAUCCGGGGCCAGCACGGACGGUUCCUCGAACAAGACCCCAAAACCGGGUUGUGGUACUCCAUUUCGGACAAGCGGGCCCUCGAGAAGACCUCACACGCUCUCAGCAACAUGAAGUACAAGACGAGGAAGCGACAUCCCGACGAUCCGCCCUUUCCGACGGCGCCCGCGAGCCUCUACUCGAUGGGCCCCCACCACGUGCCACACGGGUUUUUCCCAGCCCCACUGCACCAGCUCCACCAGAUGCACCCCCACCAUCCGUUGCCACCUCCUCACGGCCACCACCUCGCCUACCGAGCCAUGGGGCCCUACGGCGAGGAGAUUGGUGCCUACGACGACGAGAUGAUGGAGCAGGAAAAGAUUAUCGAGGGAGACUCUCCCAACACGAUCUUUGCCAAGAAGCGAACCAAAAAGUUCCGCCUGCUCAACCGGAUGGACGACGUCCCCGGGACCGUCGUCACACCCUCGGUGGAGCAGACCCCGCUGAAGGGGAAGGAUUCUAGCGCCGCGAAAGCCGGCUCGAUGGCUCCUUCCGCGAUCGACGCAACCGCUGUCGGUAUCGCUUCCGACAAGGAAGCUGGUGUUGGUACAAACGCUCCGGGUAUCAGCGGCGGUGCCGUUUCCACAAUUGUGACUAGCACCACCACCACCACGCCUGCGAAACCGCAGGCGGACCAGACGGCUACCCCCGGCACGGCGAAGGGCGGAGGAAAGAUCAUUUCCCCGAACUCGUCCGAAAGCAGUAUCGAAUUCCAGGAGCAACGAAACCCCAAUGCCCACCACCACCACCAGCGCCGGAUCCUCCAGCAAAUGCCGGGAAGCAUCCACCCCACCGACGCCGCCACCUCUUCCGCAACGGAUAUUCCCCCCCGUAUCUCCCAUUUUGACUACAUCAAGAGCUACGGGACACUGCCCGGCCCAGCGCCGGGAGCCGCCCCCCCGGGAUCGAACGCGGCCUUCAAGACGCUGACCUAUGCCGCCGGGAUGCGGGCCGAUGAGUACUCUCCGCACCACGCAGCCUCCGCAGCGGCUCACAUGCGGAGGUACCUCGCCCCGGGCCUCCACCCCCACCAUCCGCACCAACCGCACCCGAUGGUAACUGCCGCCCAUCCCACGGCGUCCCAAGCCGAGGCGGUGGCGCGCCGCUGGGCGGCCGCCGCUGGGGUGGGCCCGCCCGAGUACUAUUAGGGCGGGCGGGGGGCUCUGGGUAAGGCAAGGACAGGCAAGGCUAGCUAGCG